AUGUCUAAGGAGGAGGACAUUCUUGGGCUCAUCGAGCUGCAAUACGACCGGCAGCACCGCAUGGAGCGGCUGCUGGACAAUGCACGCAAGUCCGGUCAACUGAAGUCAGUUAGCGAGUUGACGUCUCGUUUGCAGGUUCUCGACACGUACUGGGCUCAGUUCCAGGAUGAUCAUCGCACAAUCCGAGCGUCUCGCCUCAAGACCGUGCGAGAGUCGGACUACGUGCGACAGGAUGCCUGUGGCACGGUGCAGGAAGUCUACAUUGCGCAGCGUGCAGAAAUCCAAACCCUGCUCGAUGGGUUGAAGGUUCAGGAGGCUGAGUCGGCUGCUCACGCAGUCCCGGCGCAGGCAGUAGUGCCCGAGGCUUCGUUGCCUCGCAUUCCCAUUCCGAAGUUCGAAGGGAAGUUUGACGAAUGGCGCAAUUUUAAGGAUCUCUUCGAGUCCUUAAUAGUCGAUAACCCGUCGUUAGCAUCAGUUCACCGGAUGCAUUAUUUAAAACAGAGCGUGUCGGGAGAGCCCGAACGUCUGCUCCGGCACUACGGCGUCGCUACUGGCUCGUUUGAGCAAGCGUGGGAAGCGCUAUGUGCACGGUACGAUAACCGUCGUUUGCUUGUGGACCAGCAUCUCGACGCUUUCCAGGAUAUUGGCCCGAUGCGUCAGGAGAGCGUCUCGAGGUUCGGAGGCUGUUGGAUCGAGCCAGCGAGCUGCGAGCCGCCUUGCGCCUUCUUGACCAGCCAGUGGAUGCUUGGGACGUGA